CGAUGGAGAAGGGAGCUGAGGAGCGGAGACCGUUGAAGAACCGCGGUUUAAUGGCUUUAUUCAGCGCUUUCCGCGCAUGUAGUGGUUUAUACUGCGGUAUGCGGCUCUGAAGGCUUUGUCCUUGGUGUUAAACGUGAACGCAACCGGCUGUAGAGCUCAGUAGGAGCUCCAGCUGUGGGUCAGAGUGAGGCUGAGGUUUGUUUGGAGAUGCUGGAGUUGAUGAAGAUGCCUGGCUGAAGGGCUGAAGGGCUCCAGGACGAGGAAGUGGGGUUACAUGGGUUUCCAGAUGUAGGUUGGUGUUCUGAUGUGACUUGAGUAGAUAAAAUGUUCAUAAUUUUCUAAAUUUCUAAAUGGUUUCUGCUCACGGGUGACUUGGAGACCUUGGAGAACUUUCAUUCAUUUUAUCUGAUGGCAGUGUGGAAGCUCAGUCCUGCUCAUUCCUGAUGGUAAGGCUCUGAGCCAAGUUGAUACAGCUUCAGUUUCGGCUGUUUAGAGUUGUGAUCUGCACUUGUGAAACGUUCUAAGCCAGGACGGUUGGAGUUUGAUGUAUUUUGGUUGAUGGCGUGUUCAAAUGUAGUGGUCCGUACAGAUGAUCUGAGCACUCUAGCAUGCUGGUGUGAUCUGUGUGUAACCUGGGAUGGUUGCUGCUGAUUUGGAGCUUGAAAUUUGAUGCAUGUUGUUGGACAGCUAUCUUGAAGGCUUGUGUAGGCUAAAAGCAGCAAUCUGAUGAUAUGGGUUCCUACAGAUGUGUUGCUUUCAGUUCGUAGUGGCAAAUUGAUCUAAACCAUUUGUUCUGCAUUAGUAAGUAGUUUGUCAGCCCCCCUUUCUCCAACCGUUUCUGACCAUGGAGGAUUCCCGGGAGGACUGGAACCUGCUCCUCUGGACUGGCCUCGCUGUGCUGUUGCCCAUCCUCAUCACCCUGUGGUGCAGUUUCCAGCGCCCCAAGCGCAAGGUGCAGCUUAAGGACCUCUUCCGCAAGAGUAAGCACGGCUGGCACUACACGGACCUUUUCAACAAGCCCACUUAUUGCUGCGUGUGCACCCAGCCCAUCUUGCAGGGGGCCUUCUGUGAGUGCUGCGGGAUCUGCGCCGAUGAGUUCUGUGUCCGGAAGGCCGACCACACGCUGCCCUGUAAAGAGAUAAUGGCUCCUGUGCAGGCAGACGGCAGCUUCCUUCACCGCUGGGUUCGGGGGAACGUUCCUCUGGCCAGCUACUGCACCGUUUGCAAACAGCAGUGCGGGACGCAGCCUAAACUCUGUGACUACAGGUGUGUGUGGUGUCAGAUCACGGUGCAUGAUGACUGUAAGGCCGGCCUGAGUGGAGGAGAACAGUGUGAUCUGGGAGAGUUUCGCUCCGUCAUCAUCCCUCCGCAGUACCUGUACCAAGUGAACAAACUGCGGCGCAGGCACCCAGACGAGUACUGCAAGCUCGCCGCAGCGUGUGGGAGUGUGUGGAGCCCCCUGCUGGUGCUGGCCAACACACGCAGUGGAAACAACAUGGGAGAAGUACUGCUGGGGGAGUUUCGCACCCUCCUCAACCCAGUACAGGUGUUUGAUCUGUCGGAGAUAGCUCCAGCUAAAGCUCUGCAGCUGUGCACUCUGCUGCCCCCUGGUGCUGUUCGUGUGUUGGUGUGUGGAGGAGACGGUACGGUGGGCUGGGUGCUGGACGCCAUUGACACCAUGAAACUGAAGGGUCAGGAUCAGUUUAUUCCUCGUGUCACCAUUCUGCCGUUGGGGACAGGUAAUGACCUGUCUAACUCUCUUGGCUGGGGUUCAGGCUAUGCUGGAGAGAUUCCCAUCGAGCAGGUCAUCAGGAAUGUCCUGGAGGCCGAGGUGGUCAAGAUGGACAGAUGGAAAGUUCAAGUGGCCUCCAAAGGAAACUAUUUCCGCAAGCCAAAGGUUUUGUCCAUGAAUAAUUAUUUCUCUGUGGGUCCAGAUGCUCUGAUGGCCCUGAACUUCCACGCUCACCGUGAAAAAACACCAUCCUUCUUCUCCAGCCGCAUCAUCAACAAGGCGGUGUAUUUCCUCUAUGGUACCAAAGACUGUCUAGUGCAGGAGUGCAAAGACUUGGACAAAAGAAUUGAGCUGGAGCUGGAUGGCGAGCGGGUUGCUUUGCCCAGUCUGGAGGGAAUCAUUGUGUGUAACAUUGGUUACUGGGGCGGAGGUUGCCGGCUGUGGGAGGGGAUGGGGGACGAGCCGUGCCCCCCAACACGGCUGGACGACGGCCUGCUGGAAGUGGUCGGAGUGUUUGGCUCAUUCCACUGCGCUCAGAUCCAGGUUAAACUCGCCAACCCGGUCAGACUGGGCCAGGCACACACAGUGAGGCUGGUCCUGAAGAGUUCCCGCAUGCCGAUGCAGGUAGACGGAGAGCCGUGGGCGCAGGGCCCCUGCACCAUCACCAUUACCCACAAAACCCAGGCGCUCAUGCUGUACCAUAGCGCUGAGCAGACCGACGAUGAUGAUGAAGACUCCAGCGCCUCCGAAGCUGAAGGUCACAUGGCAAACCGCACCACAAAGCCCAUUUAUACUCCAGAGAAAAGCACACAGUCACUGUAAUCUACAGCCAUUUACAAUUUACACAGCCAGCAUGGAGAACAGAAGCAUCUUCCAGAGCUACUGUGGUAUUCCCAGUUAUAGAGACUCAAUAUAGUAUUGUUUAAGGCUACACACACACACACACACACACACACACACACACACACACACGUAUACAUAUAUUUGUUUCUAAUCUUCUACAUUUGUAUGCCAAUGUUUCAGAUAAAAAGCCAUGUGACGCAAUAUUAGGGCUAAAUAAGCCUAGCCUUUGAUCAAACUGCAUUGCUAAGAGUAUUUAAAUAGCUUUUAGUUUAGACUUAAUCUGUGGAAACUGGCCCUGUAUUAGUGCUGUAUAACUGGAUACCAUAAUUUGGUUGUGCUUUAACCGCAGAAGUACUAUCCCAGAACUGCUCUCACCAACUUUUCCACAGCACUUACAUUUCUUCAGCUGUCCACAAGGGGUCGCUGGCAUCAAAUAACCCUAAAAUCUAGGAAAAACAAAGCAGGUUUUCUCAGACAGCCCGAUAACUUUAGGCCAAAUUAGGCCUGUCAGGAGAGGUUAAGAGACGUCUGUAUUGGACAGUCUUCAUUUUGGACUUAUGUUCCUGCCAUGAUGGACAAUUAGCUUUGUUAAAUUACAUUUGCCCCUUCAGCGAAUACAAAGCAUAUUAAAAGCCACAGUGUGUGAUUUUAGAGCACCAAAUCAUACAGUGUGGCUACCUGUAACUGUAACUGAAUCGAACACUGAAGGUUUUUGCAGUGGCAUGCUGUAUGAAUGAUGAAAAUAUGCACUGAUACUGAGUCCCAUUCUGGACCGGCUUAUGAAAACUCACUGCAAAAUUCUUACUUGAGUUUUGUGCAAUAAUUUUGUGUUUUUGGCUAUAAAUCUGUAGGUUAGUUGGGAGGUCAGUUGGAUGUAUAUAUUUAUUACAUGUAUCCGAUUUUCCUUUGUGUUUAUGGGCGCUCCUAACUAAUAUUUGCUUCUUAAAUAUGAAGUAGAUUGUAGACCUAUACGAAUGAUGUGCCAUUGACUUUGCUUUACUGGCCUCCAGCUUUUCUUGUUCAGAUCUUUUUGUUAAAAUUUUUGGUCUUGAAGAAGCUAAAGGUGAGAUUUUUACACUGAAGAAAAAAAAACAUUUUUUAAUGAUAAAAUGUUCACAACAGAUUUUACACAUUAUUAAAGGGUCAUUACCCAGCAUGUGUGUAACUAUACACACAAUACAUACAUUAUAAACAUCUAUGGAGAAAUGCACUAUAAACAUGUUUACUCUCACCUGCAGCUUCAAAUCACAGGACCAAAAAAGCACCUCAGUUAUUUUCAUAUCUUUUCCACUUUUGUGUUUUUUCCACUCCUUCGUCUUGUAAUGCACUGGUAUUCUGUGUCUUAAAUUAUGUUUUACAUUUAAAGCCUAGUUCACACGGAAUAUAUUUUUAAACAUAGCUUGGUUAAAAUGUCUUUCCAGUACAUGUGAGGUUGGUUAAACCCAAAGCCCAUGACUUGCCAAUCCACCACAUGAAAUGUUCAGGAAGAGAACUGAUGAGCCAAAUGUUCCUGUGUGAAUACAGGAGAUUAUUUUAGAGACUUUUGUGCAGAAGGGCUGCACGAUAUGGACAAAAUAUGAGUUUUGUGAUUAUAUUGCUACAUAUUGCAAUUGCUAUUUGCCUAGCAGUUUAUUAAAACCCACUUAUAAUUGUUA